UAUGGCCUUACCUAUGAGUGGAUAAUUGGUAAAAAUGAAAGAAGAAUAACAAACAAAACAGAAAAUGGCGCUGCUAGUGAACUCACCACAUACUAAAAAACCUCAUCUUCUUCUCCACUGCCACCCCCAUCAACACCCCCCCACCCUAGGAAAUUUCUCCAUUAAAUUCCAGGACCUUUCUUCUUCAGAUAAAUCUACAGAGGGCACCUCAUCAUCAUCGAAGAAGGGCACCAGCUCGAGUUCCUUAGGUUUUGGGUCAUCCGUUUCGAGCACAGUAACAUCAUCAAAGAAGAAACAGCAGAAGGGGAAAAAAGAGAGGGAUUCAAUUAUCCGAAGAGAACCCAUACAAAAGCCCAGUUUUGCUACUCAACCGGAGGAAACCAGUGGUUCAAAGGAAUUUCAGAAAAAUGAGAGUGCUUUUGUUCUUGCUUGGUUAGGACUUGGUGCUAUUAUCCUUGUCCAGGGUAUUCUCCUUGCUGCCUCAGGCUUUUUACCGGAGGCAUGGGACAAUUUUUUUGUGAAGUAUCUUUAUCCAUCCUUUACUCCGACAGUCUUCCUGUUUGUUGCCGGAACAGUUGCCUAUGGAGUGUUGAAGUACCUGCAGAAUGAGAAAUCUAAUAUUGAAAACUGAUAAUUUUUGCAUGUUAUAUAUCAAGUAUUUAGGUAACUUUAGUUAGUUUGUUCAGUCUUGUAAACUACAGAUGUGAGAAACUGUGACAAUUGAAUUCCUUUAAAUACUUUUGAAAGUGGAUUAUACCAAGUUAAAAAUUGUAAUUUCU